AUGGCCAACGGCAGCUCCAUCGCCCAGUUCCUCCUCCUGGCGUUCGCAGACACGCGGGAGCUGCAGCUCUUGCACUUUUGGCUCUUCCUGGGCAUCUACCUGGCUGCUCUCCUGGGCAACAGCCUCAUCAUCACAACCGUAGCCUGCGACCACCGCCUCCACACCCCCAUGUACUUCUUCCUCCUCAACCUCUCCCUCCUCGACCUGGCCUCCAUCUCCACCACUCUCCCCAAAGCCGUGGCCAAUUCCCUCUGGGACACCAGGGCCAUCUCCUAUGCAGGAUGUGCUGCCCAGGUCUUUUUCUUUCUCUUCUUGUUGUCAGCAGAGUAUUCUCUCCUCACCUACGUCAUGGCCUACGACCGCUACGUCACCAUCUGCAAACCCCUGCACUACGGGACCCUCCUGGGCAGCAGAGCUUGUGUCCACAUGGCAGCAGCUGCCUGGGGCAGUGGGUUUCUCUGUGCUCUGCUGCACACUGCCGACACAUUUUCCACACCUCUCUGCCAAGGCAAUGCCCUGGACCAGUUCUUCUGUGAAAUCCCCCAGAUCCUCAAGCUCUCCUGCUCAGACGCCUACCUCAGCGAGGGUGGGCUCCUUGUGGUCAGUCUCUCAGCAGCACUCGGCUGUUUUGUUUUCAUUGUGCUGUCCUACGUGCGGAUCUUCAGGGCCGUGCUGCGGCUCCCCUCUGAGCAGGGACGGCACAAAGCCUUUUCCACGUGCCUCCCUCACCUCUCCGUUGUUUCCCUGUUUCUCAGCGCUGGCAUGUUUGCCUACCUGAAGCCCCCCUCCGCCUCUUCCCCAUCCCUGGACCUGGUGAUGGCUGCUGUCUACUCGGUGGUGCCUCCAGCAGCGAACCCCCUCGUCUGCAGCAUGAGGAACAAAUUGCUCCAGGAGGCUAUUAGGAAACUGAUUUCCUGGACAUUUUCCAGUAGCUAUAAACUUCAAAUCCCUUUUCACAAAUGA